AUGGAAGGUCUAUUUGAAAUACGUCUGCCCAGAUCUCAUUUGCCCGCUACUAUUCGACGAAUACAUGUUAGACCAGGCACCGAGGUAGAAAAGACACAACCGUUGUGUACGUACGAACAUGAGGAAGUAGUUCAUCAACCACAAUAUGAUGAAGAGCAUGGGUCAGAGAGGCUGUUGACUAUCGUAUCCAACUUUACGAAAGAAUUGAAAAGUCCAGUUGUAGGAGUGGUUGAUCAGAUAAUGGUCAAAGAGGGUGAAGUUAUUUAUUCUGAAGAUAUCGAUUUCACAGGAACAAGUGACACACAGCGAGCGACGAUCGAACUUGCGAAUACAGCGAUUGGACUCACAGUGACGCGUGCGGAGGCUCAGCGUAUGGACAUGGAGACGGCGGAAAGAUUACAAAAAGAGAAAAAGCUAUCUCUAGUCGUUGACUUGGAUUUGACUAUAAUUCACGCGACGGUGGAUCCCACAGUUGGAGAAUGGAUGGAAGAUGAGAAAAAUGUAAAUCAUGCGGCUACAAAGGAUGUUCAUAAAAUUCAACUACCUGACUGUAAUGUAUUAUAUUACGUCAAACUAAGACCUGGAUUAAUGGAUUUCCUGAACGAAGUACGCAAAAUAUAUGAACUUCACAUCUACACAAUGGGCACUCGUAACUAUGCGUUGGCAGUUGCUAAUAUAAUUGAUCCAGAUAAGAAAAUAUUCGGUGAUCGAUUAAUAACGAGAGAUGAAAAUGGAGGAAAUAUUAUUGAAAAGAAUAUCAAGCGACUGUUUCCGUGUGAUGAUUCCAUGGUUGUAGUAAUAGAUGAUCGAUUCGACGUAUGGAAAGGGGUUCCUAAUUUAAUUCAAGUUAGACCGUACGAAUUUUUCCAAGGGGUAGGAGACAUAAACGCAUCAUUCUUCCCAAAACAGCUCAGACAUCCAUCACCACCGCCUCUCCCAAAUCAACCUCUCAAAAUAGAUAUUCCCCCUAUUGACACAUCCGUUUCAUCGGCCAAUUCCCUAUCCGACGCUUAUUCCUCCUCUGCUACUACAACUCCAAUAUCGACCCCAACUGUAUCAUUUCCCUCAUCAGUACCGGAUAUUCUCAUCGAAGAACUCGAGCAGCAACAACAAUUGGAAGAAUUUCAACACGAGUUGGAAAACCAAUUUAUAACACGUCCGCUUGCUCAACUAGAGAAGAAGCAAGCGGAGCAGCAGCAACAAGAAAAUAAAGGAAAAGAGGAUCAAAUAAAUAAAGCACAUGAAGGGAAUGGAAACAAUGAAAUCACAGAUAGCGCACCAGCACGUCCUGUGUUGAAUGACAAUGAUGAAGAAUUAGGGAUAAUCUUGGAAAGGUUGAAAACGGUGCAUAAAAGGUAUUAUGAUAUAUUUGACGCAGAGACGGAAGAGGAUAAACAGCAAGAACAGAUCGAGAGUGCUGAUGUUAAGGCCAUACUAAAUGAAAUGCGAUCGCAAGUACUCAAAGAUGUGAAAAUACUCUUUACUCGAUUGAUCCGAACAACUUUAAAUGAAAAACAAAGUGCUGACAUAUGGCGACGUGCAGAGUCAUUCGGUGCUGUUUGUACCGAAGAUUGGGAUGGGGUUACGCAUCUUGUGGCUGGAGACCCCGGCACAGAUAAAGUUAAGUUAGCAAGAAGGCGAUAUAAAAACGUCAAGAUAGUCGCUAAGGAAUGGCUAUACGACUCGCUCUCCUCCUGGCGUCGGCAACCCGAAGAACGUUAUCUUAUCCCUCCACCAUCGCCUUCGUUUACCAUGUCCAGUUCUUCAUCUCCAUCAUCCUCCCCGCUUCCCUCCCUUCCCUCUGUUCCCAAUACGGAAUCCAAAGGCAAUGAUACGGAAACAGAUCGCCCCAACGUCGCCGAUGAAGAAGAUGAAGGCGUGCUUACCGGUACUGACGAGUCUGUGAGACCUCGGGUAGGGCUUGAUACAGUUUUCGAAAUGUAUAAGAAAACAAACUGGUCACAAGUGAUGCUGGAGGUUUUUGAUGAGGUUGGAGAGUCUGGGGACACAAGUGCUGCUGAGAGUGAAGCUGAAAGCGGAAAUGAAAGGGGGCUAAAGCGACAAGGAAUUAACCUGGCACCCAAUUCCUCAGGCGCGUAUCCUGCUAAACGAAUGAAACACUCUCCGCUCCGUAAUCCAGUAACAUCUAUUCGCAAACUCAUGGGCCCAGUACGUAAACGUCGACGUCAUUAUUCUGAUGAAAUAGGUGAGGAGCGGCUGUCUAGGCGUAUUCAUUCUGACGGCGAAGCUGAUGGGUAUGGUAGUGAUGCAGGAAACGAGAGUGAUGAAGUUAGUGAGUUCGAUGAUGAUGACGAAAGCGAGUUUAAUGAUAAUAAUGACGGCUAUACGGAUGAGAAAAAGAGACGAAGAGCGGAUGACUUUGGAAUGGGUCAUACCAUUGAUGAUGAGAACGGAACACUCAUCCUCUCACCCAUCCUUCUCCUCCUCUCGCCUGUCUUGCUCAUGGUGGCCUUGUCUUUCAGCACCGUGGCCAUGUUCACAUCCGCCCUCGCUCUAGUCAUUAUAUGUAUACGUCUUGGAUUCUUAGUCUUGGAAUUCUCCGGAGGAGUAGUUUUCGACGUUCUCUACUGGAGCGUGCACAAAUACGUUCUGUCCCCGCUAUCCUUUCUGUUCCCCAUUCAAGCAAAUCCCAACCUCGGGCCUUUGCAUUCCUCGUCGAGGUCACCCUCGUAUGUCGUCGUAAAAGACGCAUCAAGCAUACACUCCAACAUAAACAAUAUACGCCCAAGCCCAAACCAUACCUAUGUAACUCCACUCGAGCCAAACUACUACGUCUCAAACAAAAAGCGUUACUCAUCUACACACAAACGCAGGGGAUCGAAAAAGAACAUGUGGGAAAAGGAUGCUUUGAACGAAAAGUUGGGCGCUGAGGGACUGGACAAGCUGAGUGGAGACGCACUUGCCAAGAAUAAGAUAGAGCUUAUUGACGGGUUAUGGAUGAAAGGGAACGUUUUCGAUGUCAAGAGACCUUCGUCAAAGAGAUCUGUUAGUGGCUACAUGUGA